UGGUUCUGUGUGGGAAGGAGGAACACAGCUGUAUGUAUAAUAGAGCUGAGGAGAAAUCUAUUGUCAGAUCUAAGGAGAAGAAGACAGGGUCGCUUUCAUUUUUCACCUGGUAACACGAACUGUUCCUGGGCAUGAGAACCAGAUCAGUUAAUUCAAUGUUCCUGCUGCUGCAGUCUGAGUAGAAUAAUGUGAAUCCCCUGCUGUCUCCAUGCUUGGUGUUGCUGGAGCCGUGCAGAGCCCUCUUCUGCCAGAGCACUGAGUUCUGGGACUGUAGUUUGAACUUCUCCAUUCUCUGCUUCCUCAGCCAGGAAGGGUGUGGGAUGCCCCAUGGUGCUGGACAUGGACACAGAGGAUGACCCCUUGUUACAGGAUGCCUGGCUAGAUGAGGAAGACGAAGAGGUUGCCUUCAGCUACCAGAAGAGGCAAGAGGGUGCUCUGUUGUGUGGAAAAAGCCCAUGCAGAGCCAGGGCCCUGCGUGUCACGCUGCCUGUGUCUGGCUUCUGGAAUAUUGUUGGCUGGGUAUUUACCAACCCCUACUGCGCUGGCUUCAUCCUUUUCCUGGGCUGUGCCAUCCCUGCUGUGCUUGCUGUUGUCAUGUUCCUCCACUACCCAGCCCUGGAUAUUGACAUCUCCUACAACGCUUUCGAGAUCCGCAACCACGAGUCCUCUCAGCGCUUUGACGCCCUUGCCUUGGCCCUCAAGUCCCAGUUUGGGUCCUGGGGGAGGAACCGCCGGGACCUGGCUGACUUCGCCUCUGAAACCCUGCAGAGGCUCAUCUUUGAGCAGCUCCAGCAGCUCCACCUCAACGCUUCCCACCUUGGGGUCAGUGCACGGGCCAAGCGCAGCACUCCUGAGGGCAGGACGAGCUCCCCCAAGCCCUGUGCCCACAGGGACCCAGGCAACAGGACUGCCCGCCUCGGGAGGGGUGCCCCACGCUGGGACUACUCCAGCACUUACAUCAGUGCCAACACGCAGACACACGCCCACUGGCGCAUCGAGCUCAUUUUUCUGGCUCGGGGGGACUCUGAAAACAACAUCUUCACCACCGAGCGCCUCGUCACCAUCCAUGAGGUUGAGAGGAAGAUCAUGGACCACCCUCGCUUCAGGGAGUUCUGCUGGAAGCCCCACGAGGUCUUGAAGGACCUACCCCUGGGCUCCUACUCCUACUGCUCCCCUCCCAGCUCUCUCAUGACCUACUUCUUUCCCACUGAGAGAGGAGGGAAGAUUUACUAUGAUGGCAUGGGACAAGACCUUGCUGACAUUCAAGGAUCCCUGGAGCUGGCCAUGACCCACCCUGAAUUUUACUGGUAUGUGGAUGAGGGCUUAUCUGCUGACAACAUGAAGAGCUCCCUGCUGCGGAGUGAAAUCCUCUUUGGGGCACCACUGCCCAACUACUACUCGGUGGAGGACCGCUGGGAGGAGCAGCGCCACAAGUUCCAGAACUUUGUCAUCACCUACGUGGCCAUGCUAGCCAAGCAAUCCACAAGCAAAGUCCAGGUGCUGUAUGGAGGGACAGAUUUGUUUGACUAUGAAGUGAGGAGGACCUUCAACAAUGACAUGUUGCUGGCCUUCAUCAGCAGUAGCUGCAUAGCUGUCUUGGUCUACAUCCUGACCUCGUGCUCAGUGUUCCUGUCAUUCUUUGGCAUUGCCAGUAUUGGGCUAAGCUGCCUGGUGGCUCUGUUCCUGUACCAUGUUGUAUUUGGGAUCCAGUACCUGGGUAUACUGAAUGGUGUGGCUGCCUUUGUCAUUGUGGGGAUUGGAGUUGAUGAUGUCUUUGUGUUCAUCAACACCUACCGCCAAGCCACCCACCUCAAGGACCUGCGGCUGCGCAUGAUCCACACCAUCCAGACAGCAGGGAAGGCCACCUUCUUCACCUCCCUGACCACAGCUGCAGCUUAUGCUGCCAACAUCUUCUCUCAGAUCCCAGCUGUGCAUGACUUCGGACUCUUCAUGUCACUGAUUGUGUCCUGCUGCUGGGUAGCUGUGCUCUUCACCAUGCCAGCUGCUCUUGGAAUAUGGACUCUUUAUGUGUCCCCACUAGAGAGUUCCUGCCAAAGCAGCUGUAGUCAGAAGUGCACCAAAAAGAGUGCCUUGCACCUGGCUGAAGAUCUCUUCGUUGCCUCAGAGGCCACCUCCAGAGCAGGCAGAGAGACGCUUCCCUACCUGGAUGAUGACAUCCCACUGCUCAGUGUGGAGGAGGAGCCUGUCUCCCUGGAAAUGGGGGAUGUCCCCUUGGUAUCUGUGAUGCCAGAAAAUCUGCAGCUUCCUUCAGAGAAGAGCAACCGGGGUCACUUGAUAAGUCAUCUGCAGGAGCUGCUGGAACACUGGGUGCUGUGGUCUGCAGUGAAGAGCAGAUGGGUGAUUGUGGGGCUCUUUCUCCUGGUUUUGCUCCUGUCCAUAUUCUUUGCUAGCCGCCUCCACCCAGCUAGCCGUGCUCCAGUCUUGUUCCGGCCAGACACUAACAUCCAGGUGCUGCUGGACCUGAAAUACAACCUGAGUGCUGAAGGCAUCUCCUGCAUUACCUGCUCAGGUUUGUUUCAGGAAAAGCCCCACAGUUUGCAGAACAACAUCCGAACCUCCUUGGAAAAAAAGAAGAGGGGCUCAGGGUCACCUUGGGGAAGCAAAGGGAGCAUAAGUGAUACAGGGCAGCAAGAUCUCCAGGGGACUGUGUACAUCUCCAAGUCCAGAAGCAAGGGAAGACCAGCCAUCUACAGAUUCUCUCUCAACGCCAGUGUCCCUGCCCCCUGGCAGAUGGUGUCACCAGGAGAUGGGGAGGUGCCUUCAUUCCAGGUGUAUAGAGUGCCUUUCGGUAACUUCACCAGGAAGCUGACAGCUUGUGUGUCCACAGUAGGGCUGCUUAAGCAGACGAGCCCCAGGAAGUGGAUGAUGACUACCUUGUCCUGUGACACCAAGAGAGGCUGGAAGUUCGACUUCAGUUUCUAUGUGGCCGCCAAGGAGCAGCAGCGAACACGGAAACUGUAUUUUGCCCAGUCGCACAAGCCACCUUACCAUGGCCGUGUGUGUGUGGCACCUCCUGGCUGCCUUCUCAGCUCUAGCCCAGAUGGACCCACCAAAGGCAUCCUUUAUGUUCCCAGUGAGAAAGCAGCACCCAAAGCAAAGCUGUCAGCCACCUCUGGAUUUAAUCCCUGCAUGAACACGGGCUGCGGGAAGCCGGCGGUGCGGCCACUGGUGGACACAGGAGCCAUGGUGUUUGUGGUGUUUGGGAUCAGAGGCGUUAACCGCACACGGCGCCCGGACAACCACGUCAUUGGAGACAUGGGCAGCGUUAUCUAUGAUGACAGCUUUGACCUCUUCAAAGAGAUUGGCAACCUGUGCCGCCUCUGCAAAGCCAUCGCCAGCAACGCCGAGCUGGUGAAGCCAGGAGGGGCCCAGUGCCUGCCCUCUGGAUACAGCAUCUCCUCCUUUCUGCAGAUGUUGCACCCUGAGUGCAAGAACAUCCCUGAGCCAAACCUGCUGCCUGGCCAGCUCUCUCAUGGGGCAGUGGGGGUCAAGGAUGGGAAGGUGCAGUGGAUCUCCAUGGCAUUUGAAUCGACAACCUACAAAGGGAAAUCUUCCUUCCAGACUUACGCUGACUACCUGAAAUGGGAGACAUUCCUGCAGCAGCAACUCCAGCUCUUUCCAGAGGGCUCUGCUCUCCGGCAUGGUUUCCAGACCUGUGAGCACUGGAAGCAGAUCUUCAUGGAGAUAAUAGGAGUGCAGAGUGCCCUGUACGGUCUCGUCCUCUCACUGGUGAUUUGUGUGGCUGCAGUGGCAGUGUUUACCACUCACAUCCUCCUCUUGCUGCCAGUGCUGCUCAGCAUUUUAGGGGUGGUCUGCUUGGUGGUGACCAUCAUGUACUGGUCUGGUUGGGAAAUGGGAGCUGUGGAAGCCAUUUCCCUCUCCAUCCUCGUCGGCUCCUCUGUCGAUUACUGCGUGCACUUGGUGGAGGGCUACCUGCUGGCAGGGGAAAACCUGCCACUACACCAGGCAGAGGACCUCACCCGGUGCCGCCAGUGGAGGACGAUGGAAGCGGUUCGGCACGUGGGGGUGGCGAUCGUCUCCAGCGCCCUCACCACCGUCAUCGCCACCGUCCCGCUCUUCUUCUGCAUCAUUGCCCCUUUUGCCAAGUUUGGGAAGAUCGUGGCCCUCAACACAGGAGUCUCCAUCCUGUACACGUUAACUGUGAGCACAGCCCUGCUCAGCAUCAUGGGGCCUGGCACCUUCACCCGCAGCAGGACUUCCUGCCUCAAGGCUGUGCUGGGGGUGCUUCUUGCUGGCCUGCUGGGUCUAUGCAUCUGCCUCAUCCUGCUGAAGAGUGGAUUUAAAAUCCCUCUGCCUAAUGGGACAGCCCUCUAGACCCUAUGCCCAAGAGCCACACGCUCUGUCCUCUUGCUCCCUUUCUUUUUUUCUUUUGUUUAUUUUUAAAGGCUAUUUUUUGUAAGAAAAAAAAAGAGGAAAAAAAUCCCCUUUUCCCAGAAGUUUUUCAACUCCAGAUGCACUUUAUUUUCUAAUGGGUUUUGCUCUAAAAUGGUAUUUAUUUCAGUAGUGAUGGAUGGAUGAUGGACGGUGAGGGCUGCCCAGGGAAUGCCUCAGCCCAUGAGUAGGAGGGGAGGAGGUCUCCUUCUCUCAGUUUUCUUUCUGCUCUUCUUUUUAGUUUUUUUCCUUCGUUUUCUUCUUUUUUUCUUAUUUUUUUCAUGAACAGAGCUUUCUGGAACCGCAAAUGUAAAAGGGGAGAAGUUGGGAAGGCCAUCUGAUCCCUUUCAAAGCUCUUCCCUCUGUCCCUCCCUUCAGCCAGGGUCAGCAGUGCAGCAAUGGUUCUUGAGGUGAGGUCCUGUCCCCAUGCCAAGCCUGGGCCUUGCUGCCUGAGCCUUCAAAACUAGCAGUGAGCUCCUGGACAGGCCUGGGAAACAGUGUUGUCUGGACUCCUGUGCCCAGGCUAGACAAGCUGCACAGGAGCUCUUAUGGGUGUCACUGUGGGAUCCAAACUGGAGAUGUUGGGUGGCAUCACCUGCAGUGACCAGCAGUCAUUGUUUGUGGGGGGCAUCAGGACACAUGGCUUUCUCCUCCUUUCUGAAGGGACAGGUGGGAUCUCUUGGAUCUGUGAACGGCCAUCAGGAAUGCAGUUGUUGCCCUUGGCAGCCUGGCCUCCUCUCCCUCAUCACAGCAGAUACCCAUUCCCAGUCUCACCUCCUGCUCAGUGGGUGCCCUCACCAGUCACUGCUUCUGCUCUUCAUGGUGAAAACAGACAGCCUUGAGGGCCCUGCAGAGCCUUUUUGGUCAGGGCAGUCAGCUCUUUGCCUGAGGAUGAGCUAGCUCCUGGGGCCAGGUAGAGCCCAUGCCUGGUGGCAUGCACAAACAGUGGUACGUCCUCUGUGACACCUCCUUGGUGGAGACAUGAGGGCAGUGGAGCUUCAGCCUGCGGCUGCUGCUUGCUCAGAGCAGAUGGUUUAUAUUAAAGUAAAAUGAAAUUGCAAACUGGUACCAUUAACAAGUACAUUUUAAGCAUCACUGCUUCUAUCAUAUUUUUAAAAUUGAAAUAGCUAAGUGUGUGCAUUGAUAUGCAGCACAUCUGGUCCCCAGCAGAAGGGGAGGGGCUGGGCCCCCAGGGAGAUGCAUUAAACAUUGUUUACAGGGAUGCCAACAGAGGAGGGCGGCCAGAGAGCAGCCUGACUCCAUUUGUUUGCAGAUACCGUGUCCCCGGUGGCUUUGUGUUCUCUGUCUGGAUUGACCCCUUUUUUGAGAUGGAAAUUCCAGGAAGCCCAUCCCUGUUGCCAGCCAAGUUGUGUGGACUGUGCUGCUGAGACAGACCAGCAGCUGCUUCUGCUCGCCUCAGUAUAUCCCUGCUCUGCUCCCUGCCAGUCUUGCACCUCACCUUCAGCCCCAUGAAACUGGAGCAAAUGUUUGUUCCUAAGGGAGGUUCCCUGAGGUGUCAGCUGGAGAGAGGAGAGCCAGAACAGGACUCUUGUUGGUGCCAGGGGAAAUCCAGAGCAAUCCUGCUGCAGGCAGUGAGGGUAGAGAGAGCAUGAGCAGAACUGACCUGGUUUCUUCUUCACCAUCGCAUGGUGCAGCUGAGUUACCCCUUUCUGCAGUGUUAAAUGUACUUGGGCACCUACCUCUGAUCUGCACCAGUUCCUUCAUAAUGAACCCUGUGCCCAUGAGUAAAUGGUUCUGGAAAGGAUUUUUUACUGUCCUUAAGCUGUGCUGCUUUGAUGGCCUCUGUGCACAGUUCAGCCCCAACAUGGAUCUGUAAGCCAUGCUUUUCCCUAGGUCUACUCUCUAAAUUUAAUUACCAGUGGUGCCCUGAGCACUCCUAAGUGGCAGCAAGUGUAGAGAGGGCAGUGUGCUGAUGUUGCACAGCCCUGUGAGACCAAUGUGGCUCUGUGGGUGCUGCAGGGGAGAGCAGGGUAGCCCUAGUGCUGCUGCCAAGGAUGCUCUGGUGGGCAGCUUGACCUGAAUUUAGCUAAUUCUUCAAACUCCUUGGGGUGAAAAAGCUGAUGGGUAUUUCCAGGUCACCAGUCAAGAGAAUAAGGUGCUGAGUAUGCCAUUAGAGGAAGUUCCACCUCCUGUGAGCAUGAAAAAAAACCUUGACAGGUCUUUAAAACAAGGCCUAUAUAUGCUUUAAAACCUACAAAGUUUAAGCCUCAUUUCAGCUCCUGGUGUCCUGUGUCUGUUCUCACCAUAAAGAGCCUAUGGAAGCAUCCCACUGCCAGAGUGAUUCUGGGCACACCAUGCUGGGACCAUUCAUUCAGCCCCUCUUGGAAGUCAAAGAUUAAUUUCAAAGUAGGAAAGUUUUCAAAGGAAAACCUUUUAUAUCUCUUUAGAUCUGGUCUGCAGACAAAAAUAAGAGGUCUUGACACCUGACAGGAUCUGUCCUGUUUUCUGGAGCAGGCAGGGGGAAGGACAAGGUAUCCUUAUCUCUUCCCUCUCUGGGCAGCCCAGGCUCACUGGGUGCGGAAGGGCUGGCAGGAGCAGGAGCAGGAGCAGGGCCUGUGUUUGGCCAAGGGGGGGCAAUGGGAGAGCAAUGGCUGGAGUGAUUCAGAAAGGAAAAUGAAAGGUUGAGGUAAGUGUAGAGCUGUAUUAGAUGAUUCCCAAAGGCAUAUUUAGAAGACUGUGCCCCUUCAGAAAAGAAACUGAGGCAAGGAGAGGAGAAGAAACUUAUUCCAGAUUGGAGUAGGAUGGCAGAAGAGCCAGGAGAUGACCAUAGGGUGAUGCUUUUCACUGCAAGGACUCACUGGAUGGUGGUAAGCUGAAAAUUUAAUUAAACACAGCCAUGACACUUGUCUUAAGAUCUAACUAGACAUUUAUCCCAUCACCAUGUCUCUCUGCACAGCUCUGUGGUCGAAGCUAUGGAAAGAAGCUUAGAAACAGAGCCCAAAAUGCUUACAGCACCCUGAUCUCCCCAAGCAUCUGUGGAGACAAUAAAUCAUCUAUGUAGGCAGUGUCCUCCUUGGCAUUAAAAAUUAUUCAUCAGUUUAUAGAGGUAAGAAAAUGGAUGGCUUUAUCUGAGCAAAUGUGAGGGUGGGGCUGACAGCCCUACUGGGAAUCUGUGCUCCAAGGCAGAUGCUGGUAGCAAUAAAAAGCAAGGCCUCACCUGUCUGGCACUUCUCCAGGAGCAGCUGCUUGCCCUAAAUUAAUUCCUCCCACAUCUCUGUCUUCUUUUUCUGAUUAUUCCUCUGCUUCCCAGACCAUCUCUUGGACCCUGACUUGCUAAGCAAGGUUCAGCUUUCACCCUGGUAGCUUCUUGUGACCAAGGUGAUCAGAGAGUCUGGAUUGAAGUGGCUGGAGAUUGUCUCAGGGAGAAUUUCUCAGGCAGGGGAAGCUGAGGAGUUAAAAUGCUUCAUAUAAAGCUGCCAGGUUUGAUGUUUUCAAACAGCAGAACACAGCAGACCAGCCUUACUUGGAAGCGAAUGCUCCAAUUUUCCAUUUCUAAACAGUCUUGCUGCAAUUUAAAAGAAAUGUACUCAGUUACAACAGAAGUAUUUCCUGGCAGUGUGUAACUGCCCACUCUGCUAUUGCUAGUAAAUUCUGUUAGGAGGGUCACAUUCUGCAAAGCUGAUGUUAAUGUUUCAGGGUAGGGGUCAUUCUGCAACACUGGGUCCUGUAUUGACCAGAAGCUCUCCCCCUGCCAGCCCAGGGUGGUCACACAAGGACACUGUUCCCCCAUGUCCAAGCACUAGGAUGUAUGCACAGAGCUGGUGUUGCUGCUCCUUGCCUUUGGUGGGGCUGCCGAGUGAGUGGACAGGCUGGGAGUUUCUGCUCUCAACAGCCUGUCAAGAGCAGCUUUGGAGUGAGGAGGAACAGAGCUGAAGGGAUGUGCAAAGCUGGGUGUCAGACAAAGGAAUAGAUCCAGGUCUCCUGGCCCUGUGUCCUAUAUCGUGGUGCCUCUUGAGGUGCUGGGUUGGCACGGGGUCUGUCCAGGCAACCGGGGCGUCAGGUUUGGCCGACAACCUUGUCACUUUUGAAGGCUGCAGAUGUUGAGAGGUCGGUGGCUGGGCUGAGUUUCUCCAUCCCCGCUGGAUCUGAAGCUAUGCCAGAGCAAAGCCAGUCUAGGAAAUAUCCCUGAGGAGAAGGCCAUGUGACAUGCCUACAGUCACUGGGACCACUGCUGCAGCAGUCUGGAGACCAUUGCUUCCAGACAUCCCUGGCUUUGCCUCCACUGGAGCAAACUGGGAUGCUGCUUUAUGUCAUGGCAUCUAAAUAUUUUAGCAUGUCUUGCACUGAAUUUUCUUACCAGAGCAGCCUGCCUUCCUGGAAGGUUAUAAAAGGUUUUUUAUUGAAUCCUAUGACAUGUAUAAAUCCUCCCUUGCUGUCCACCAAGGAAGCUGUUCUGACUGAUUUGCAGCCAGGCAGGACAAACUCUCAGUCUCUUGGUUAUUUCUUCCAGUAUUUCACCUCACCCCAGACAGCAGGCAAGCCAUAGUUCACAGGUUAUGCUUUUUCAAAGGCCUCUGCUAACUGCUGUGCCCUGGCUUAGCACCCAGAGUCCCAGAGCCAAGUCUUUCAAGGCUUGUGUCCAGCCUGAGAUGCAGUUGUUUGGCUCUUUGUCUUUCUCUGUUUCUCUUUUGGGCAGUUGCUGGGAGGAUGAGGGCCAGGACUAGAGGCAGGGCAACAAGGAGAUAAGCUGAUAGGGCUGCAGGGGGGAGUAGAGGAGGACAAAUGGGAAGGAGGAUGGUUGGAAAGCCAAGUGGAGAAGAGGUGUGAGCCAGGAGGGAGGGCACUGCUGUUUCACCAUGUCAUGUGCAGACCUUAGAGCGUUGGUUCCCAGAGUGAUGUAGCACAAUUCCUGAUGUAACGUACGCGUGUUACUUUUGUAAGUCUUCUCCUACCCUCACUAUUUUCAGUGUUUCUUGAUUUUUGGAGACUGUUGUAAAUAAAAAAAAAAUUUGAGAUUCUCA